AUGAAUUUAGCGGAUAUUCUGAAAGACAUUGGAAACGAGGGAGUGUUUCAGGUGAUUGCUCUUCUGACCCUGGCGAUGCCGAAGCUGCCGAUGCAGUGGAGUAUGACAGUGAUGUCUUAUGCUGCAUACGAGCCCGAGUGGUGUUGCGUGCCUCAGGAUAUACGGGUGGACAAGAACUGUAACGCCCAACCGUCUUAUAAGUCGACUUACGGAAACUGUGACCUCAACUCUACAGUUUGUUCCAGGAAGGUGUUUCUGGCCAGCGAUGAUGCUUCUACGGCCGUCACAGAGUGGGACCUGGUUUGCGAAAAACAGUGGAUAGUGUCAUCGCUGUCGGCCAUCCAGAUGGGCGGUGUCAUGGUCGGAGCACUGGUCAGCGGGUUUCUGUCGGACGUCUUCGGACGAAAGAAGGUUCACUUCUUGUCCAUCCUGGUCCACGCUUUGCUGAACCUGGGAGCCGGCUUUUCCAACUCCUGGCAGUUAUUUGCUGUGUUCAGAUUCUUCAUUGGAGGAGCCAUCGGAUCCUAUCUAGUUGUACACGUACCGUACAUCUUAGAGUUUGUGUCCCCUAGAUGGAGAGUGAUUCCUGCUUCUCUGCCCUUUGCUGCACUAGGCGCCUCCUUACUUCCAAUGGCUGCUUGGCUGUUGCCGGACUGGAGAUGGAUGCAUUUUAUCUGUGCCAUUUUGUGUGCACCAUUCCUUAUUGGAUAUUUUUUUCUCCCAGAGAGUAUGAGAUGGCUGACUGUCAAGGGCAGGGUAGAAGAUGCUGCCAAGGUCAUUGAACAGAUUGCCAGAAUAAACAAGAAGCAAUACAACGCAGACAAGUGUUUUAAGAAAAUACAGAAAAUAGCCCAGAAAGAGAAAGAACUGGUGGAGAAGGGUAAAAAGUAUUCUUAUCUGGAUGUGUACAGAGGCUGGAAGAUGGCUCGGCUCACACUGACGUUACAGUUUGUAUGGUUCACCACCUCUCUUGUUGGCUAUGGAAUCAUCCUGGGCAUUUCAGAACUUGCUGGAAAUGUCUACCUGAACAUGUUCCUGGUGGAGGCGGUGGAGAUACCUUUCAUUGUAGCCACUUAUUAUUUCAGCAACCGCAUCGGUAGAAGAAUCACAGCGCUGGUUUACUUUAUUCUGUGUACACUUACUGCACUCGCCGCCCUUAUAUUCCACUUGACACCCAGCAUGCCUUACAGAGAAACCGCCAUAACAGUGAUGUGUAUUUGUUGUCGAUCAUUUGUGUCAGCGGCUGCUGCUGUCUUCAUUGUUGUUUCAACCGAAGUCUAUCCAACUGUGAUCAGAACUCUGGGAUAUGGGGCUGCCAACACAGCGGCCAAAAUCGGUGGAGUAUUAGCUCCCUUUCUCAUCAACAUGGACACAAUCCCAACUGUCUCGUAUUCAGUGAUAUUUGGAACAUGUCUGCUGUGUGUGGCUGCAGUGCUGUCUCUUAGUGAAACCAAGAACAUGCAGAUGGAAGACACACUAGUGAAGGCCGGCUCUAAAGCCAGUCUCCUGUCGUCACUUAGUGUCUCUUCAGAGACAACCCGAGGUAAACGACGACGAUCAAGUGCGCAGACUCGACUCAUUAUUGACAUCGACACAGAUCUUAUCCAUCAUCGGUCGUAUUCUGAGUAUGAUGACGAGGAUGAUGAUGAUGAAACUGAUGACACUGGUCUUGUUAAGGAGCAGGAGAAAGUAAAGGAAAAUUCUGCACUGCUGCAUCAGCGACACAAAAUGUAUGAUCCAGCUCUGGCUUCUUCUGGUCAGCCAGAGGUACAAGAAAUUGAAAGUCUCAGGAAUACAGUAACUGACACACAGACACUUAAUGACAAUAUUUACCAGUCGGACAUCGGUAGAACAAGUAAUGAUAGCGUUUUUAUUGGAGGUCCCGUAGCAGAGACUGUGACAGAAAUACAGCAGAGUAAAGCAGCUCAGAAACCGGAUGUUGCAUUGAGCAGUGUAGACGAACGUGGGGUUGCAGAAACACACGUACAUAGAACAGUGAAUGCUGGUGCUGUAAAAAGUGAUCCAAGCAUAAGAGAUGGCAGAGACAAGAAUAAUGCUAAAUUUGUGCAAGAAUAUUAG